AUGCCAGAGUUUUUCAGACUCCCGCCUUCGGGCAUCAAGGUCAUAAUUGUCGGAGCCGGUUUCGCUGGCUUGUGCGCAGCCAUAGAAUGUAACCGGAAGGGACAUGAUGUUAUACUGCUGGAAAAGGUCGCCCAACUAAAGCCCCUGGGAGACAUUAUCAGCUUCUCCUCGAACUCUGGCCACAUCUUCGAGCGUUGGGAGGGAGUCGUGGAGAAGCUCGAACCUAUCAUCCAUCACAGUGACGGGCUCAGCUUCUAUGACUGGAAGGGUACCUUUGCCACCAAACAAAUCUGGGACGUCGAGAAGCAAUGGGGCCGCCGCAUCAAUGGCCACCGCGGCGAGAUCCAUCUUGCCGUGUAUGAGCAUGCUAAAGCUCGAGGCAUCGACAUCCGGCUAGGGCAGCAGAUUUCCGAUUAUUUCGAGACAGACACCGAAGCAGGUGUGUUUGCGAAUGGCGAAAGGUUAACGGCCGAUUGCGUAUUUGCAGCCGAGGGCGUUAAAUCCGCCGGAAGAAAGAUUGUUUUGGGCUUCGAAGAUCGACCUAAGCCGUCGGGAUAUGCAGUGUAUCGAGCAUGGUUUUCUUCCGACGAGCUUGCGAAGAACGAAAGGACGAAACAUCUGGUCAACAACGGCGACUCUCACACCGGCUGGAUUGGUGAGGACAAGCACUUUCUCGCCGCGGCGAUCAAGGAUGGCAAAGAAUUCAGCUGGGUGUUGACACACAAGGACGACGCAGAUAUCGACGAAGACUGGCAGUUUCCGGGGAACAAGGAGGAAGUCAAGAAGAACCUGCAGGGAUGGGAUCCGGUAGUCCACGACAUAGUCGAUGCCACGCCCGCAGACCGGCUUGUCGACUACAAACUCGUCUUCCGAGAUCCGUUACCGACCUUCAUCUCACCCAAAGCUCGUAUUGCGUUGAUUGGUGAUGCGGCACAUCCCUUCCUGCCCACAUCGAUACAGGGAGCGAGCCAAUCAAUGGAAGAUGGAGUAACGCUCGCUAUCACGCUCGAGAAGAGCGGCAAAGAUGACGUGCCCCGAGCGAUCCGAGCAUAUGAAGCUAUUCGAUACGAACGCGUCCACAGAGCUCAAAUGACGGGUGUGACAACACGGGAGCAGUGGCACAAGGCUGAUUGGGAUAAAAUCUGGAAGGACGUCAAGUCACUGCACUUGAAGCGGGAAUCCUGGUUGCUCGACUUUGAUGCUGAAACACACGCGUACGAAGUGAUAGACGACGUGCUGAAGAAAUUGGACCGCGGCGCGACGGUCAAGGCAGACGCGGUUUCGGAGCCAACUCCUGCUCCCGCGAACGGCGUGCAGAGCAGAAUUGCGCAGGAGAUUGAUCAGCUUGCGUAG